CAACAGCUGCCGACUUAGUCUUGAACUUAAGAUGCUCCGAGAAACGCGGUACUUGCGACCAAAACUAUCUAGUUAAUUAGCUCGAUAACAUCCAGACAUAAAUAAUAAUACAUUUCGUUUAGUUUUUUUCUUCAUACUAUAUAAAGAUUUCUAUGAAGCUAAAAGACGUGGAGUUCGCGCCUCUGUGCGUGCCACUCAGCCGGAGGAUCGAGACACUCGCAGCGGCCGGAUGGAUUUACCUAGUCGUAUUCGGAGGACUUACCGGAUGGGCUGCGCUAAUUUACAUCGUUAUGGCUACACGGUUUUGGUGGCUUGGACUAUUGUACUUGGCAUGGAUGUAUAUCGACCGAUCUGUAGCGUGGUCAAAUCAAAUAAGAUAUCGUUUUGUGAGAAGGUGGUCAUGGUGGAAAAACUUUAAGAAUUAUUUUCCAGUAACACUAGUCAAGACUCACGAUUUGCCAGCAGAUAAAUCAUAUUUGUUUGCUACGUAUCCGCAUGGAGUAUUAUGUGCCGGCUCGUUUUCAAACUUCGCAACGGACGCAGGACAAUUUUCUGAACUAUUUCCUGGCCUCACAUCAUUUCUCACCACUUUAAGUUUACAUUUUAGCAUGCCAUUUAGCCGUGAGAUCGGUAUUGGUUUAUGUCUUCGAGAAGCAUCAGAAAAAAGUUUGAUGAACUUAUUGGAUAACACGAAAGGUAACGUGGCGGUUCUUAUGGUAGGCGGUGUUUCCGAGGCGUUUAAAUCCUUUCCAGGACCAUAUCAUCUGAUUCUAAAAAAAAGGAAAGGUUUUAUCCGGGUAGCAAUAAAAGCUGGUGCAUCAUUGGUACCCGUGUUUUCUUUUGGUGAGACAAAUGUGUAUGGCUUAAGCGAAGCAGAACCUAAUUCUAUUUGGGAAAAGUUAUUAAAAUUCAUUAAAUGGAAGAGUGGCAAUAAAGUACCAAUAGGACGUGGAUUCUUCCAAUACAGUUUCGGUCUCGUACCCCGCAGGCAUCCAAUCGUUACUGUUGUGGGCAAACCAAUCGAUUUACCAAAGAUUGAAAAUCCAGAAGAAGAAAUUAUCGAGAAAUAUCACCAAAUCUUUAUCGAAGAAUUAACCAAAUUAUUCGAAGAACAUAAGACUAAGUACUCAUUGCAUCCAAACGAAAUGGAGUUAAUAUUAGAUUAAAUAUAAUACAAUGUGUCAGUACAAUUUUCCUAAACUUAAAUUUGUACUCACUAAAAAUUAUUCAUAAUACAACGUUAAUCUUUAAAAUUUUAA